CUUGAACCAGCCACAAAUGUCUUCCCUCAGCGAAAACUUCAAAGAACGUCUGAGUAAAUUCUACGGCAGCUUACGUAUAAGCACAAACAUAAGUAGUGCUCUGAAAUACCAAAAGAUUUACAUAGAGCUUCUGAACCACAAGGUGCCACUCCUAAAGAACCAAGAACGGAAAAGGAAGAUCCAAACUCUAGGAACCCUCAAAUCAGGCAUUAUGAUAUCAGGAGUCUGCUUCUUCCUCAUGUACACCAAAAUAGGGAUCCUUAACAGAAUGCUCAUCGGGCUGAUUGCUACAAAUAUCUGAACUUUCGCAACAAAGGGAUAUUUCUACUCAAGAGUUAUCGAAGAUGCCUCCCAAGAACUCUCACUUGUUGGCCAAGAGACUCGAAUUCAGCUGAGAUACCAUUUCACUGACCAUCCCAAUGACUCUAUCUUCGGAGACCUCAAUAAGGAAUACCUCAAACUUUCUGAGAAGCAUAGCAACAAAAUUGAGCAAUACCGAUCCAAAAUUAUGAAAGAAAAGAUGAAAGAUGAAGACUUUAUUGAGAAGCUUAAGAAGUCACAGUAGUUUCAACCACUGUCAAAAU